UUGGAUCAAAAUAUGUUACCGUUACUUCGCUCCAAACGCUUUGCACAAACGUUUUUCCCGCCAAGGAAACUGACCUCCUCCUCCUUCUUGUUCUUGUCCACCGACAGUCGGUCUAGCCCACCACCACCACCACCACCCAUCCAGGUUUUACUCACCGAAUCAGCGGGUCGUGGUGUAUUCGCUACUCGGAACAUUCAACCAGGCGAACUCAUCCACACUGCCCACCCACUUGUUUCUCACCCAUCUCUUUCUUUAAUUCAUAAAGUCUGCUACUUUUGCCUUAAACAUACUUCCCCCAAACAUCCCCAGGUACCCAAUGUAUUGUUUUGCAGCGAAGAUUGCAAGAAACAAGCCAUGGACUUUUAUGAAGUGGAAAAAGAAGCCGAUUGGUCAGCAUUUGUUGCGCAUUGUCAAUUACGGGGUUUAAAAUACCCACUUCUUGCCAAAAGAUUGGCCUGCAUGGUAAUAUCAGGAAAGUUUGAUGCAAAUAGUCUGGACAUACUUCAACCUGAACACUUGUCUGCUGAAAUGAUCUCACAGAUGGAAGAGGAGCUUGGUUUGUUGAGAGGGGCCCUAGAGGAAUCAGGCAUCAAAGAGGAGCAGUUAACAUUUUUAACCAUCGAAUGGUAUGCUGGAGUACUGGCUAGAAUUCGUAUCAAUGCCUUCCGUAUUGAAGUGGCUGGAGGCUCUUAUGAAGAUCUGCUUGCAUCCGCAGCUGCAUCAGUAGAAUCAGAAGCUGCUGUUGGCAAUGCUGUGUAUAUGCUUCCAUCUUUCUAUAAUCAUGACUGUGAUCCCAAUACACACAUAAUUUGGUUGGAAAAUGUGGAAGCAAGAUUGAAAGCUCUGAGAGAAAUUGAAGCAGGUGAAGAGCUGCGGAUAUGUUACAUUGAUGCAAGCAUGGAUCGAGAGGCUCGACAAAAUAUCCUAUCUAAUGGGUUUGGAUUUGAGUGUAGCUGCCCUCGUUGUAUGGCAAAUGAUUAACCUGGUCUUGUGGGCUGAUGCCACUUAGGUUCGGAUUAACUCUUUAGUUUUAUGUUGUUCCUUAGUACCUUUUUUUUUAUAUUUUUUUUAUAUAUAUAAUAAACUUUGAAGUAAAGGAUCCCCAGGACCCUUUUUUUAUAAUGAAUCUGGUAAGUUAUCGUCCA